AUGACCGACGCGAGGAUGUCUUCGGAAGACGGGUCCUCGGCCGCUCAGCCGCCAAGGAAAGUUCGUUCGGCGUGUCGCCGCUGUCGACAGAAACGAGUCAAAUGCGAUGGGACGAUUCCGGCUUGUGGGAAUUGUGCUCGUGCGAAGGUGCCCUGUGUGGAUGUGCAUGGUGGCAAUAAUGACUUGUCGAUUCCGCGGGAUUUUGCAGUACGAUGCUGCGCCCGCAUAAAAUGGCUGGAACAGCAGAUCUGUUCUCUCCAUCCCGAAUUCGACCUGUCGCAGGGUCCUCGGGUAAAUGUGGAUUUCAUGGAGAGACUGUCACAAGGCAGUUCUCGUACAGUGGAAAAUGACGUCCCUGACAUCCCCUCUCGCACUGCAGAAAUUCCUGUCGAAUCUGCAGAAGAAGAGGCUGGCAACAAGCGGUCUCAUGCCACGAUGGAGGACUCGGAAGGGGAACGGCCGAUUUCCGCCAAGGCGCGCUCGGUGGCCAUUGAUCUUGGAAUGCUCUCGCUGCAGUCCGACUCGCGUCAGAAGUAUUAUCUUGGAUCUUCGUCGGGGUUGUUCUUUACAAAACUUGUGGGCUUAGAUAGUGAACUGCUGUCGUCGAACCCGACGGCUCUUGCUACUGCAGUGCAUUCACGCCGAAUAGCGCCUCUGCAUAUCUCGAACGAGAUUUACCAAUCGCUUUACUCGAGGCUGGACAAGGAACUGCCCUCGCCCGAAGAUGCACGCAUUUUACUAGAGAUCUACUUCCAACACAUCCACAUUGACCACCCUUUCCUCCACCCGGCAUCUCUGGUUCACGCAUAUAACGCGCUACGCUCAUGCGUGCAGCGUGGAUACCAUGGAUCGGUUGAUCGGAAUGGCUGGAUCCAUAACGUUGAACCGUUCCCAUAUAACGGAAAGUUCGACAUGCUGGCCGACCAGAAGUUCACGCCAAUCUCAGUUUUUACCGCAGUGUUCCAUGUAUUCAUGGCCAUGUCCCUGGCUGCAACGGUGUUGACGCGGAAGAAAAACUACGACUUCUCCCCGUCUAGGUUUCAUCGCAUGGCAAUAUCCACAGCGUCUGAGUGCUUCUCGAGUAUCUCGACAGCUGCGCUGCAAGCAAUCCUUCUGCUGACUGUACAGAGCACGAUAGAGCCGGCUGGUCUCAGCAUUUGGACAUUAUCGCACUUGGCCAUGUCGCAUUGCGUCGAUUUAGGUCUUCAUCGAGAGCCAAGUGAUCAUUCAGAAAUAUCCUCGUGCGCCAACACGGUUCGGAGAUUCAUUUUCUACACUGUCUACUCUCUUGACCGAUCCAUAGCAACCAUCCAAGGCCGUCCACUAGGCAUACGUGACGAGACGUUUGAUGUCAGACCGCCAACAAAUGCAGACAUUCCUGACAUGCUGACCGUGUCGGAAAAAGAGCUUACAGUGCGCCUUCCGUCGCCUCAACAUCUUGCUCUGUCAAUCUGUCGGUUUAGAUUGGACCAGCACAUUUCAGAAAUUAAGAUUCUCUUCUAUCAUCUCCCGACUCAAAGCCGAAGUUUCGUCUGGCCAACAGGCCUGAGCGACAUUCAAGCACGGAUCAAGUCUGAUCUCGACUGUUGGCUAGCAGAAGUCUCGGGUAUUCUUCCCACCGCAGACAUGGAGGAAGAUGAGGUGUUGAAACUGCACUACGAAAAGAUGCGUCAUGAACAGCUCUACCACUCCACGAUUGCCCUGCUCUUCCAGCCUUCGCAGGUAUUCCCUUCACCGACCCAGGAUGCGCUCUCCCUCUGCUACCACAGCUCGAGCAAGCGUUUACAGAUCUACGACAUCCUCGGAAGCAGGGACAUGCUGUAUUAUAGCUGGCGCAACAUCCAUGGGAUAUUUUCAUCUGGCGCGACAAUUGUCUACUGUGCCUGGGCAACUCGCGGUUUCCAGGGCGUGGUCCCCUUCUCCAAAUUAAUGCGCGACUUGCGAAUAUGCUCAAAUCAUCUGAGUAUCGGAAGCCAGUGGUGGUCGUCAGUACGCGAUGGCAAGGAGAGCUUCGAGAAGAUGAUUGACGUGGUCACCAAACACCUAAGUCAUCCUCAAGAGGCUUCAUCCCUACCGCCCCGGCAGCGACGGCGUGGCUCACCGAAGCCUCCAUUGGAUCUUCGAGAAAAUGGCGAAAGCGAGGCGGGAAAAGAAAGUGUGAAUGUCUUGGCCCACGAUGGCACAAGAAUCGAUCGGCAAACCCGGUCCUCCGUUUUCCAAGGUCCAAACUCCGCACUCACGCCGAUGAGCGCUCAGCCACUAUUCGACGGCCAGUUCGAUUUUCUGUCCUUACCGUUUGAUCCGAUUUUCGAUGAACUGGAUGUCAUGCCCAUCGAAUCAGCGAUGGAAAAUUUCAUGGCAGAAUAUUUACACGAUGAUUGGGGCUGGGAUCCGUUUUCCGGAUCGAUGGACCCGUUCGAUAAUCACCCUGCUGGCCCUACUUAG